AUGGCUAAGCUAAUUAAAGAGCGAGGCUUACCGACAGUGAUACUAGUUUUCGAUCCGGGAUCAACAGCCCAACCAACUUGCACUGGUAUCUCCCGAGCCGAGUUCAGGAAGGGUCGGAAGGUUCCAAACGUCUCGUACGACGCUGAAGUCCGUGAACGACUCACCAUCCUCUUUGAUAUCAUUCCUGGGCAGUGCAAUCAGUUAUCGGCUGAGCAAAACACUCUUGCCUGCUUGCAUCUUCUGCCUCCUCCUGUCGGUUUCUUGACUUAUGCCUGUUGUGGUGAUGGUGAUGGCAUAGGUGGCGCACAAGAAUCAAAUUUUCUUGCUAUACGGGAGCUCGUCUUCAGCGAAUGGAAUGAGUUGCCAGGGUCGCUCGAGACAACGACUGGAGAAAGUGGAAUAUUGAAAAGGUGGUCAGGCUGGCCUGCUGAGAGUCAUCUAACAUGCAUAGCAACAUUAUGA